AUGGCGGAAGUGAGAGAGCAGGAGAGGGUGGGAGAGAGCGGCGAGGGUGGAAGAGGUUUUGGAUAUGCUACAAAUAUCUUUAAAAGGAAGAAAAAGACAAAGUUGGUGAUUCUAGUGUAUCAUGUCUAUCUACUUCGAAGACAUCAGGAGGACGUCCUUGAUAUGAACCGCAAUUCAACUAAGAAAACAAGUAAAAGAGAACCACUACAUGGAAGAAAAUCCCUAAAAAGGUUAUCCGAGGUAGAGUGGUGCUUCGUGGUUACAGAGUGUAUGUAA